CGGGAGAAUAAUAACUCUUAACCACUUGAUCGAUAAGCCUCUGUACUGGACACCUUUUAUUUUUUCAGUUUUUUGGCCAUAUGCAUAUUCAGCUAGAGUUUUAGAGGAGAGACCACUAUGAGCUUUAUAGCUUCGGGCUCACUCAUCACAUGGACCCAAACCUAACUUUAGCCCACUAUUGCAACAUCAGUUGACUUUGGGCUUUGGCCAUAUGCGACCAUCCAAACGGCGUGUCGUAUUCUAUUGGCACAUUCCUAUUCCCAAUUCUUCAAUCUCUGUAUCACUAUCAGAGCAAGCGCGGCCUUGGAAGAAAGAAAGAGAGGGAAAUGGCAGCGGCGUCGUUUAGGUGGAUACUGCAGUUGCACAAGGACGUACCAAAAGCCGCUCGCUUCUACGCCCAAGGCUUGGACUUCUCCGUAAAUGUCUGCACUCUCCGCUGGGCUGAGCUUCAGUCGGGGCCACUCAAGCUUGCCCUCAUGCAUUCCCCCAAUGACCAUGUGAUGCAGGAGGGGUACUCUUCACUCUUGUCUUUCACAGUCCCAGACAUUAAUCACACAGUGACAAGGUUGAUGGCAUUAGGAGCUGAACUAGACGGUCCUAUCAAAUACGAAAUCCAUGGGAAGGUUGCGGCCGUGCGAUGUAUCGAUGGGCACAUGUUAGGCCUCUAUGAACCUGCCUAGGAGUUUCAGAAGCAAAGCCGUCGUAAAAUGCAACAAGCUGAAGACAUUGGUAUCUUUGAACCAUUGAGAAGAUGUGAGAAGUUACACUUGUCUCGGAUUCCCUUCAAUAAUCCACUGUUUGAUCAACCAGAGAUCUAUUGGAGCUGCGUGCAUAGCUAAGAAAACAGUGUAUCCAUGAUUUAGAGGGAAACGGGUUCAUUUUAUGGUCUCAAUUACCUUCUCCUGCAGAAUGUAGAUGGUGUAGAAUUGUUUGAGUUGUUUUUGAAAUACGGGAGCAAGUCUAUUUGUAGACAACUGAAAAGGCAAAUAGAAAUGCCAAGGGCAAAUUUGAAAA